CCAACGACGCUGCCCCUCGCGUACAAGUACGGCGGAGGAGGCGGCGGCGGCGGCGGCGGCGGUCACCACCACCGCGCGCGCAAGGAGUUUGGUUCGAUCGUGUCGUCGGACUCCGGCGUGCACGAGGACCACCACCACUACGUGCACCACCACCACUACAUCCACGGCGGCGCGAAGUCGAAGCAUCAGCUCGAGGUCGAAGCGAUGCAGUGCAGCAUGUCGGAGUACGGCCCGCCGCCGCCGCCGCUCGCCUCGUUGUCAUCGUCGUCGUCGAAGCAACCCGACGCGGCGUUCCGCACGCGCAGCGAACCCGGCGGCGGCGGCGGUGGCGCCCCCCAGCGGGCGUCGCGGGAGUCUGGGAAGCGCGGCGGCGCGGGGAAGAGGUCGACGGGGUCGGCCAGCGUGGUGUUUGACAGCGGCGUGAGCAUGGUGGGAGACGACGCGAUGGCGCCCGUGCCCAACCUGGACAUUCCGGCCAACGAGCGAGUGUUCAACUGGAUGAUAGAGAGCGACAAGUACGGCGUGGCGGCGGGCGUACUCGGUGACACGGAGUCGCUGGAGCCGCCGCUGCCGACGCGGGACGCGGCCGUCAAGCUGAAGCGAUCGCACAUGAAGCCUUCCACGACGCCGGCGUCGCCAUCCCCGCACAGAACCAUGACGCGCGGCCUCACGAUGGGACCGUGGUUGAAGACGGAGGGAGUGCCACAGCCCAUGCACCCCGUCCCACUGGAGUCGCCGGGUAUCGCGGGGGCGCCGCUGAGCGCGGACGGCACCGUGGAGGAAGCGAAGAAGAGACUAGAGGACGAGACGAAGGCAAAGAUCAAAUCGAGCAAGAAGAAGAAGACUGCGGCAGCAGGGGGCAGCACUUCGAGCAGCACGUCGUCUCAGUCGGCCGGCGACUUCACCGUCAUCGGCUACUACUUCUGCGGCGACCCCGUUCCCUACCGCACGAAGCUCGCGGGCAAGCGCGUCACCCUCAAACAGUUCAAGGGCCUCAUCACGAAGAAAGGAACCUACAAGUAUUUCUUCAAGAAGGCGAGCGACGAGUUUGGAACUGGCGUCGUUAACGAGGAGAUCACCGAUGAUAACGAUAUCCUGCCGCUCUGGGAGGGCAAGAUCUUCGCGAAAGUCGAGAGCAUCGAGUGAAAAAAAAUCCUGCGGAAAUCUCCCGACCCGCCGCGAGACAAGAGAGCGUUCGAGGCGGCGGCGGCGGCGUGGGGGUGACGGGCAAACAUGUAAAUAUGAGCCGAGUUUGCGUGUUGAUAUUCUUCUCAGGUCGCCUAGGUUACGAAGUAAAUAUGAAGUCGUGCUCUAACCGUAGCCGGGCAAUGGCAUCUCGACGCUCGGGGGGGAGGGGGGGAGGCGCUAACCGUAUCGGAGUGAGAGUGGAGGCGAGAGCAACAGUUGAUGCUGUCGCAGCCACAGUUUCCGUCGCGGAGGACGAAGCAAAGCUGGGUGUGAUCGUAGCCGAUGUAGAGAGAUGCCCACCCACCCCCCGAGAUCGCGCGAGUGCCAGAACGAAACCCCCUGCUGUCGUUUGCGUGAAACUUGGUUGUGUAUAGGACUGUACAGCUAUUGUUGUGUCAUGCUCGUGCGCGUGUGCGUGCGUGCGUGCGUGCGUGCGAAGUUGUGACGGACGUAGAGCCCCGUAAGGGAUGUGUAUUCGAUAAUGUACGAGAUUGUACAUGCCAAUGAUGUGUUCCGUUUGUUUCGAGUCAAAAUACCUCUUCGUAGUGAAGCACACUUUGUUUUGUAAAAAUGGUUGUUUUUCAUUCCACGGUUAUUUUCAGAAAAGCGGAGAUGAAUUUUCUUUUGGCCUGCAGUUAUGCUAAGAAAGAUGGUCUUCCAGCCAUUUUAGUUUCGGUUUUGGCUUUAGCCGUAGAAGGCGGCCGGCAUUAAAUUCAUAGUUCUGUUUGUAUCCAAACCAUCUCAGGUAUGGACCUGUGCAUAGUGCUGCCACCUGUAGCACAAAAUGUGUAAAUUCACGCCAAUGUAGACGGUUGUGCGCGAGAGCUGUUGACUGACUAAUAAGUUAAUGCCCAGCAGGAAAUCCUGUAUCGCCGUAGUCCAGUAUUCCUGCAGUUAGCGCAGCAUUUCACUUAUCAUGUGUGGUGCACACCGGCGACCGUAAUCAAAAGUGUAUCGAGAGUUGUACAUAUAAGAGAUUCCUUGUGGCACACGGUACAAGGAUCACGAUGAGCAUUUUUUUUGUUUUGUGUUACAGUUAUUUCGAGUAAGUUAUUGGUGUGCAAAUCGUGUACGCACGUGAGCUGGGAGCUUCUAAUUCGCAUGUUCAGGCUUAUUUGCUCGCGUUUUCGAAAGCAGACGACUGAUUUGUACAUACAGAGGCGAUAGGGCGAAGAUUUCUGCCCUCUUUUUAUUAUUGUAAAAGUUUUUGCAUUUCAUCGUUAGGGUUUCUACUCCAUUUAUUUCUGUUAAUUAUAGCGCUAGCGUUCGCCAGUAUCAAUGAAUUCGUCGUUUUUCCGAGCAGCCAGCUGUGUAGCAAUCUAUUGCUAAAGUUUUAUUUAAAGCGGGAGAGAAAAGUAGGCAUUCAUUUCGAGGAUUCGCUCCGUGUCUCACGAACGUGGGUAAAGCUCUAAACAUGUGUCAAGUUUUACAAGGGAGUUCAUUGUACAUAGUCUUAUUUUUACACUUGGCCCAUCUAUCUCAGACUCCAUAGUUUCCUGUGCACUCUGCUGAUCCUCACACAGACCUUGUUUAAAAUGGAACACUGCAGAAUACUAAUAAACUUUAUAUACAGUGUAUUAUUUUUAAAUUCA